AAUAAUUUGAGGUAGUUCCAUGGUUUUAAAGGGCACGAUGCUAGCGUGCAUCAUACUGCUAUGCCUUCAAGGGGUUCUUUUCGCAGAUUGCCCAGCUGGAAGCUUCAUGUCAGCUGACGGCUGUCAGCAAUGUGGACUGGACCAGUACAGUGCUGCAGGAGCUACAUCGUGCACCCCUUGUCCUGAAGGACAGUUAUCAGUGAAGGGAGCCACUUCUAUAAAAGAGUGUUAUGGUGAGGAUGAUGAAACGUCUCACCGUGUUAUAGUGUACAAAGAAGAGCUCGGUACUACCAUAGAGAUAGUGACCAAAAAGGGUUUUGUGACAGAUAAGGAGGAUCCAACCGAUUUUAAACCAAUCACCAUUCAUAAAGGGUUCGUGUGCCCAGAGGGAGAAACAAAGUGUGGCGAUGUUGACGAAUGUGUUCCCAACAGUGGUCUGUGUAAUGGCGCUGCUGCGUGCUCAAACGGCUUUGAUGAAUCGCCGGAACUUUGUGCAAGUUAUCAGUGCCCGGCUGAAUACGAAAAGUGUGCGGACGGACUGCAAUGUUUUCAAUCAGCUGGAAAAUGUGAUAAAUAUAAAGUUUCUCACUGUAACGAUAAGUCCGACGAUAUGGGCUGCGAUUGUAAAUUGAACGAAAUGAUGUGUGCUGACGGAAAUGGAUGUGCUCUCGUUUUGAAAAAGUGUGACGGUCAAGCACAAUGUGCUGACGGGUCCGAUGAGAGUGACGACAUUUGCUAUGAUUUGGGUGUAUGCUCGAAAGGCACGAAAUUGUGUACCAGUGGUAACCAGUGUAUUUCUAUUGCAACAAUGUGUGACGGAACUGUAAACUGCGACGAUGGAUCGGAUGAAGAUUCUGACUUCUGUACAGAAUACGAGUGUCCGCCUUAUCAAAGAAAGUGUGAUGGUAAUAAAUGUCUGCCCCAAUGGAAUCUGUGUGACUCAGAGCCAGACUGCGAGGACGAGUCAGACGAAGAUCCUGCCUUCUGCGCUGCCUACGAGUGUCCGGCAGCCAAAAAGAAGUGUGCGGACGGUAUACAAUGCGUUCCUAAGAAACUCUUCUGUAAUGGUAAAGCAGAGUGCACCGACGGGUCAGAUGAGUCCGAGGAAGAAUGCGCAGAGAAAAAAGGAGGAGGUAAAAAUGUGAUUGAGAAAGGGAAAGGAACAAGGAUCCCAAAGAGAGAAAAAGAAGAGAGAGUUAUAAAAUUGACGAAGGAGGAAAAGCGUAGAAAGUUAGAACAACAAGAGAAGGAAGAUAAAGUCCCAGAGCCAGAGCCAGUAGUCCCAGUAGAGCCAGAGCCAGUAGUACCAGUAGACCCAGAGCCAGUAGUCCCCGUAGAGCCAGAGCCAGUAGUCAUAGUAGACCCAGUCCCAACUGCCACUUCAUAUUUCACGGAGUAUGCCACUACAUCAUCGUGGAUAACACUUGGAGGUCCUGGAAAAUAUGGUAAGAAGUCCUGUGAUUGCUGGACCAAGGAAUGCGGCUUCUGCACAAACCCAGAUUGCAUCAACACGUUCAAAGGAGGACUCGACGGCUCCACAGGUAUUGGAGUACGCUCAUUAGUCCACAAGAGAAAAGUCAAGACCAUCUUCCUGUAUAAAAGUGAUGGAGCUACCUGCGGACAGUUCCAGUGGAGUCUGAACAGGAUCUCCCUCUCCGGCUGUAUCAGCUGUCACACACCUCAACGCAUAAGGGACAAGAUUAAGGAGCUAGGCAAUGGAGCUAUUGACUGGAACUUUGCCAUCAACGAUGGGGUUGUUGAGCUUAGUGUUGAGGGUGAGAUCUUGUACACCUCGAAGCUGACAAGACAAUGCGCGAAGGCAUACGGAGACGUGAAGAGCUUUUCUUUCACCGGAAUGAACUGCAAGAGCAUGUUCGUGUGGGUGAUUGAUGGUAUGGACCUCUCAUCUGUGUGUGGUGGAGCUGAUAAAUGUGGAGCGGAUGUAGCACGUUGAAUACAAAUUAAUUUGUUUUCAACGGACAAAUGGACAGUAAACUGUUUUGAGGUUAAGAUUUGUAGUGCCCAUAAAGCCCCGUAAUUGGAAAAUACUAGAAACUUUUAAUUUAAGAAUUGUUAUUAAUGUUUAGAACAGUUAGAAUAGAUUCCCUUUAUAUUUUUGGAGACAUUGUUUAAAUUAUUUUAUAAAUAAAAUCAACCGUGUCAACUGUCAUCCUUUUAAUUUGACUAAAAAUAUGUUA